UUGCCGACGAUCACACGGCUCGAUAUAUACGUACCUAUACACAUAUAGGUAUACCUAAGUAAUAUCGAUUCAAAAGGAAAAUCUAUUUUUCAUUAGUUUAACAUAUUUCUGAUAUACCUAUCUACCGGUGAUCAUUUUUGAACUGCUUUAAAAAUACAAUCAUGAAAAUAAAAGUGUUGUUCGCAUAGCAGUGUAUUUACCUAUCACGCGUUAAGUCUAUUGUUGAAUUCCUACGAAUUCGGUCUACACAGACAUCAUAAAUUUUUAAUAAUUGCAGGUAUGUCCACCACAAUGACCGUAGAGCCUUCUACGGUGCAGCAGCCGAAGCUGAAGAAGUCACGUGAAGCCAACUGGCCGGCAGUGCUGUUCUUCAUACACAUUCACCUACUUUCAUUGUAUGGCAUAUGGCUAAUACUCUUUGAAGCGAAGCUGUUGACUAUUUUGUUGUUGGUUUUCCUGUCUUCCAUCGCUAUAUUAGGAGUAACUAUAGGCUCACACAGACUAUGGGCUCACAAAACCUACAAAGCUAGUACAAAACUAAGGAUAAUUCUUAUGCUGUUUCAAACCUUAGCGGGGCACGGAUCAAUAUAUGACUGGGUACAAAACCACAGGUUUCACCAUGCGUACUACAAGACUGACGCGGACCCUUACGAUUCAAGAAAAGGCUUCGUCUUUGCUCAUUUCCACACUAGGCUACAGAAACUCAGCGAAUAUCAAGAAUCUUUGAAGAAUACCAUUGAUAUGUCUGAUAUUGAAAAAGAUUCAGUUGUUAUGUUUCAAAAAAGGUUUUACUGGGUUAUGUAUGCCGUUCUAUUUAUUCUGCUGCCUAUCAACGCACCCCUCGAGUAUUGGAACGACUCCAUAUUGAGCGCCGUUUUCAUAAUUGGUUUCGUUCGUUACGCUAUUGUUCUUCAUGCAUCCUGGCUACUGGAGAGCGGGGUGUGCCUGUGGGGACUCAAGGAAGGCGAAAAGUACCCUCCAGAUACCAACUUGGUAUUCAUUCUCUCAAAGACUUACUGGCCUGAAUACCAUUACAUAUACCCUUGCGACUACAAGUCAGGCGAAUAUGGCACUUAUGGAUCUGGUUGUUCAACUGCUUUCAUUCGGGUACUCGCCGCUUUGGGAGAAGCUACAGAUCUUUGCACUUUAGAAACAAAGACACUACACAAGGCCUUAGCUGUAGCAGCAAGAACUAAAAAGCCGUUAACUGCAUGUAUAGAAAACGCGAUUUGUCAACAAGCCUUAGAGAAAGACCAUUUCUUAAAAUCAUGAUUAUUUAACAUAAAAACUCUAUUAUUUUAUUAAACAAUUUAUUCAAAUA